AUGGAAUUUGAAGAAAACGUUGUUGGUGACGACUUUUUGAAGGGUAAAUGUCUAAUGAAUAGUGAAGUUGCAUUGAUUCUUCAACACAAAUAUGAGAAAAUGUGUGAUGAACAUUCAACUACUCAUGUAUUUGAAAAGUCAUUGCAAUAUGUGAAGCGUUUCAGUCAGUAUAAUAACCCUCAUGCUGUUACACAAGCUCGUCACAUUCUUAGUAGCUAUCCAAUUUCUGAAGUCGAUCUAUGUGUUCUUGGUAAUCUUUGCCCCAAAUCUGUUGAAGAAAGUAUUGCCAUGGUGCAACCUAAAGGACUUGCAAGACUUGACGAUGAAGCAAUAAAGAAAAUACUAACUGAGCUUUCUCUAUUAAAGAAAUUUGAUAUGUAG